AUGUGGCAGAUAUACUUGCAGCCAGAAACGCUUCUUUUCUUUCAGGUUCUUAUAUUGCUUAGUCUGUCGCAUUAUUAUCCUUUAGAUCGAGAUAAACCAGACGGCCGACCUCAGUGGAAGUUUACUGUAUUCGCUCAAGAUGAAGGAGGGCAGGGCCUAGUAGGUUAUGCCGAUAUCCAGAUAAACGUCAAGGACAUCAACGACAAUGCUCCCAGCUUUCCCAAGACAACUUACUUUGGCAAUGUGACAGAAAACGGAACCGCAGGAAUGUUUGUCAUGUCAAUGACAGCAGUCGACUACGACGACCCAGACGAAGGAACAAACGCUAAACUUACUUAUACUAUCGAGAAGAAUGUUAUUGAAGAAGAAGCCGGAGUGCCAAUAUUUGAAAUAGAACCAGAUACCGGCAUCAUAAAGACAGCAGUAUGUUGUCUUGAUCGCGAGAAAACGACGGAUUACGCUAUUCAGGUUGUCGCCAUUGACGGUGGAGGGUUGAAAGGUACUGGUACUGCAUCAAUUAAAAUUCAAGAUGUGAACGACAUGUCGCCGCGUUUUACUAAGAAGGAAUGGUUCUGUGAAGUGGAAGAAACUGAUAGUAGAAACAUACCUGAAGAACCUAUUCUCACAGUGAGCGUGCAUGAUGAAGAUGAAACAAAUGAUUUUGUCUACGAAAUCAUCGAAAACAGCGGUUACGGUUCAGAUAAAUUUAUAAUAAUAAGUAACAGUGAUGGAAGUGGUUCUAUUAAAAUUGUUAAGGACCUUGAUUAUGAAGAUCUCAUGCAGAGACAUGGAUUCAGAUUCAAGAUACGAGUUAGUGACAAGGGACAUAAUGCUGACAGUGACAUAUAUCAUACAGAUUAUUCCUGGGUUUCUGUUAGGCUUCUAGAUGUCAAUGACAAUAAACCACAGUUUGAAAAUGACAAUGUUGAAGUGUUUGUCAAUGAAAAUGCUGAAAUUGGAACAACAGUAGGCAACUUCCGAGCUUUAGAUGCUGACAACGGCGGAAAAAGCAAAAUUAAAUAUGUAAUCGAUCGAGCAACUGAUAGAAGGAAACAGUUUUCUAUUAAUAAUGAAGGAGCUGUGUUAAUCCAAAGACAGCUAGAUAGAGAGAACCAUGCUAAACAUCAGAUCAGGAUUCUGGCAAUAGAUGAUGGCAUGCCAGCAAAAACUUCAUCUGCGACUUUAAUGGUAAUUGUUCAAGAUGUUAAUGACAAUGCACCAAGAUUAAUUGAAGAUUAUCAGCCUGUCAUUCUUGAGCACAUACCACCGACUAAAGUUGCAGAAAUUUUUGCUACAGAUGAUGAUGACAAAUUAAAAAAUAAUGGACCACCUUUCAGUUUUAGAAUAGAUCCAAAUGCCAGCAGUAUAAUCCACGCCUCCUUUAAAGUUGAGUGUGAACAAACUGCCACACAGGGUGAUGGUAUGGCUGUUCUGUCCUCACUUCGGUCAUUUGACAGAGAACUGCAGAAGCAGUACAUCAUACCAAUUAUUAUAAGGGAUUCAGGGAAUCCUCCAAUGUCUGGCACUAGCACACUAACAAUAACUAUAGGAGACAUUAAUGAUAACAUGAUGCUGCCUGGGAGUAAAGAUAUAUAUGUCUACAACUUCAAGGGCCAAGCACCUGAUACAGAAAUUGGCCGUGUUUAUGUAUAUGAUCUGGAUGAUUGGGAUUUACCAGACAAAACAUUUCAUUGGGAAACCACAGAGCACCCAUUGUUUCAGCUGAACCCAAGCACAGGAAUGAUAACAAUGCGAGAAGGAACACCUAAUGGCAGGUAUAAACUGAAAUUCAGAGUUUAUGAUCACAAGCAUAACCAAGCUGACAUCCAAGCUAAUGUUACCAUAACAGUGCAGGAUAUUUCAGAGGAAAAUGUUGAAUCUUCUGCUUCAGUUCGAAUAGCAGGAGUGUCGGAUGAAGAUUUCAUCAGGACUUGGAGUGAUAGAACAAACACUCACACAGCCAGCAAAUUAAGCAAACUACGGGACAAAGUAGCUGAACUUUUAAACAUUCACAGAGAAACCAUUAUUAUUUACAGUGUUCAGCUUCAUUCAAGAAGUCCAUCAAUUACUGAUGUCAGAUUUACAGUUAAUGGCUCAAAAAAGUAUAAAUCCUUUGUUCUGAAUGGUUUAAUUGCAAUGCAUAGGAAUGAGAUUGAAAAAGAAGUUGGAAUUAAUAUCACAAUGGUUGGUAUAAAUGAAUGCCUUCAUGAAACAUAUAACUGUGAAGGAAGUUGCACAAAUAAUGUCAGUGUGGAUAAAGGGCUCCAUUUAGUAAAUGCUAAUAGAACUGCAUUAGUUGGUGUAAAAGUCCAUGUGAUGCCAGAAUGCACCUGUGCAGUUCACAAAUUUAUCUUGACAGAUAAAUGUCACAAAACCUUUUGCUUCAAUGGUGGAAGGUGCAUAGAUACAAGAUUUGGCCCCAAGUGCUCCUGCUCUAGUGAAUUUAAUGGUCCACGAUGUCAGCAGACAUCUCGCAAUUUCCAAGGAAACAGUUGGGCAUGGUAUCCUGCUCUUGAAGUGUGUGGCAGUUCACAUCUUAGUUUGGAAUUUAGAACAAAAUAUAAGGCAGGGUUAUUAUUGUACAAUGGCCCAUUAACUUCUCCAGAUGGAAAUGAAACACUGCUUUCAGAUUUUAUAUCACUUGAAUUGGUAGAUGGGAUGCCAAGACUUCUGGUUGACUUUGGCUCUGGCACAUUAGAGCUCAAAAUAAUAACAAGAAAAGAGUUAAAUGAUGAAGAAUGGCACAGGAUCGACAUUUUCUGGGACACAGAAAGUGUUCGAAUGGUGCUGGACUUCUGUAAAUUUGCGGAUAUUACUGAGCAAGAGGAUGGAAGCUUAUCAAAAUUUGAUUACACAAUCUGUCAGGCUGAAGGUGUUGUACCACCUUUCAGUGAAUACUUGAAUGUCAAUGACCCACUUCAGAUAGGUGGCUGCCACAGACAAGAGUUUGACCCACAGAUGUUCCACUGGCAUGGAGCUCCUUUUGCAAAAAGUUUCAGUGGAUGUAUUAGAAAUAUUUAUUAUAACAGGCAGUUUCAGAAACUCAUGUUAGUUGACAGACCUUAUGCUGGAGUAAUGCAACAAACCAAGAUGAAUAUAAGCUUAAUGAGAGUGAAAAAGGAAGAUGAGUGUGGAGCAUGUUUUGUGAUGAAUGCUGGUUACUGCUGGCAAAUCUGCAAAGAAAUCCUUAAGAGUCAUGACUGGUGGCAGAUGAUCUGGGUGAAUGUCAGUGUGGGCUAUUCAUCACAUGAAAUGAGUGAUUGUAGUUCAUUUGGAAGUCUGAAUGGUGAAAAGCUCACUUUACUGGUGUGGAUGAUCCUUGAAUUUUCUCUACUGGAUCUGGGAUCAUCAGGUUUUUCAUACAGUAAUAGAGGCAACUGUCCUACACAGAGGCACCGAAGCCCAUGCAGUAUAGGACACACAGGGGCACGUUGUACUGGGUCAGUGCUACCCACAAGUUUUGCCCCAGGGAGCUACAUAAAAUAUGUGCUCUCUUUUGAACCCAACAGUUUCUCCACUGAUCUGCAGCUACGCUUCCGUACAAGAGAAAUCAAUGGGGAACUCUUCCGAGCCAGUGAUAAGCAUGGCCAUGAAUAUGCUGUGCUUGAGAUAAAUGACAGCAAGCUUCAUUUCUAUUACAACCUCAAUAGCCUUCAACCAGAAGAGAAAGAUUUGUGGUUGAGUAAUAUUACAGUCAGUGAUGGACAAUGGCACACAGUAAAGGUGACUCGUUAUGGAUCAGUUUCUAUUUUGAUACUUGAUGAUGGAGAAGGUUUACGAUACAAUGAAAGUUUCAAGUUCAGUGGCCAUCAGCUUUUGGUUGUGGAUAGGCAAGAAGGUGUUUAUGUUGGAGGAAAGGCUGAGUAUACAGGUGUUCAGACAUUUGAAGUUCACAAUGACUACCAGAAAGGUUGUAUGGAGGACAUCAAACUCGAAGGGAAACAAUUACCUCUGCCACCUGCGGUUAAUGGAACUCAGUGGGGACAAGCUACUAUGUCAAAGAAUUUGGGUUACAAAUGUUUUUCAAAUGGUCCUUGUAUCAACAUUGUAUGCCCUGAGCCAUUCGUAUGUGUUGAUCUCUGGAAUGAGUAUGAGUGUGCAUGUGGUGAAGGGAGAACAUUGUCACAUGAUGGAAAUGCUUGUAUAGACCACAAUGAAUGUUUGAAUAUGCCUUGUCUGAAUGGAGGUACUUGUAUAAACCAGGAACCUGAUCUCCGUUAUAGUUGUGUGUGUCCAAAAAAAUAUGGUGGUGUAAACUGUGAGAUGUUGCAAGAUGAACUAACAAUAAAACUGGGCACAGAUGCAGUUGUGGCCUUCUUUGUUUGUAUUAUUGUUAUCUUAUUGUUAAUCUUGAUUUUAAUUGUGUAUAAUGCCAUAUGCAAAGAAGACACACAAAAGAAAAAAGAGGAAGAUUGUGUUGGAGAAAACAUCAUAAAAUAUGAUGAUGAAGGUGGUGGGAAGGAUUCUAUGAUGGAAUCAGAUGUGACAAAUGUGCAACUGGAUAGUAAAAAAUCAAUGGACGCAUCAACAGAGACAUUAUCCAAGUAUCCUUUAGAUACUGAGCCACAUGUUCCCCCAUCCAUUGAAGACCCUAGUUACAGCAAUAGUCAAAUGGCCUCAGUGGAUGAUCUCCACAAUUUUAUUCAUGAAGGAAGUGGCAGUGUCGCUGGAUCAUUGUCAUCACUGGCAUCAGGGACAGAAGAAGGAGACCAAGAAUUUGAUUUCCUGAGCAAAUGGGGGCCAAAGUUUCAUAAAUUGGUGCACUCAUACAGACAUAAACCCACAGAAAGUGAAGAAGAGGGUCAACAAGAAAUGUUUGUGGACUGUCAACAAAAAUCGCUGAGUAAUAUUUCAUACAACUCCUGACAGGCUAUUGCAAUUCUGUAAAAUUUUCUGACAUCUUUACAAAAAACACCACAGUGCCUUAUCCAUAACAAACUUACUAAAGUGAAUGUGUGAGUUAACUUAAUUGACUUUACCUUAUGUUAACAUGUACACUUUUGAUCUGAAAUGUCCUGCUAUAAUACCAAAUUCACUGU